GUUUUUGUAGAGAACUAUAAAUAGAGAAAGAAAAACCGUAAAACACUGUUUCUGCUACUGAGUUCGGUCGGAGACAAUGGAGGAAUCGGCGGCGAUAAAGCGGAAGCUGCGAGAAUUCGCUUUAGCAUCCGUCAAUGAGCUGUCAUCAUCUCCAUCUUCUGCUUCGCCGGGAGUUCUUCGCCUCACUGACGACACUCUUCAAAUUCACCACGAUUCUCAUCAGAUUGCUUUCGAUGUUCAUCUUCCACUUCUUCAGAUAUUUAGAUUAGGUCCUGUUCAAUCGGUUUGCAUGGUGGAAGGUUCUGAUGCAGGCAAACAGACAUCUUAUUCCAGGGGAGUUGCUAUUCAGUUUAGAAAUGAGGAAGAGAGUGAAGCCUUCCAUUGUGUAUUCCAACAAUGGAAGAAGGAAUUCAAUGGUCAAGGAGGGAACAUACCAAAUGGAGCUAAUGUAAUGACUUCUAAAAGCAAAUUUGAUGAAAAGAUAGAGCCAUCUUCUGCAAAAAUGUAUUUUCAUUAUUAUGGACAACUUCUUCAUCAACAAAACAUGUUGCAGGACUACGUGAGGACAGGAUCAUAUUAUGCUGCUGUUAUGGAGAAUCGCACUGAUUUCUUUGGUCGUGUAGUAGUUGAUGUUGGUGCUGGUAGUGGUAUUUUGUCAUUAUUUGCUGCUCAGGCAGGAGCAAAACACGUUUAUGCAAUAGAGGCAUCUGAAAUGGCAGAAUAUGCACGCAAACUUAUAGCCGGGAACCCGCUACUGGGUCAACGGAUUACCGUUAUCAAAGGCAGAGUCGAGGAUGUUGAAUUGCCAGAGAAAGCCGAUAUUCUGAUAUCUGAGCCCAUGGGCACCCUGUUAGUCAAUGAAAGAAUGCUGGAGUCUUAUGUUAUUGCCAGAGAUAGGUUUCUUACCCCCAACGGCAAAAUGUUUCCAACAUCGGGAAGGAUUCACAUGGCACCUUUCAGUGACGAAUAUUUGUUUGUCGAAAUUGCUAGUAAGGGGCUGUUCUGGCAGCAACAAAACUAUUUUGGUGUUGAUUUGACGCCCUUACACAAGACUGCCUUUCAAGGAUACUUUUCUCAGCCUGUUGUGGAUGCUUUUGAUCCAAGGUUGUUAAUAUCUCCUCCUAUGUGCCAUCCGAUGGACUUUACCAAAAUAAAGGAAGAAGAGCUUUAUGAAAUUGACAUUCCUCUCAGAUUUAUAGCCAGUGUGGGCGCCAGAGUACAUGGUUUGGCAUGUUGGUUUGAUGUACUGUUCAAUGGAAGUACUGUGCAAAGGUGGCUUACAACUGCUCCUGGUUCACCAGUAACUCAUUGGUAUCAGCUACGCUGUGUUCUAUCCCAGCCCAUUUAUGUUAUGGCAGGGCAAGAAAUUACUGGCAGGCUGCACUUGGUUGCCCACAGUGCUCAAAGUUACACAAUCUAUUUAACAUUGUCAGCUAAAAUGUGGGGGCCUGGUGCUGAACAAGGAGGGAUUCUUCAAACAUCAUCCUGUAAACUUGAUCUGAAAGAACCAUACUAUAGAAUGUCUCAACAACAAUCUUAUCCAACAACCCAAGAUCAGCCACAAGCUCAACCAUUUUUGCCGACACAGGAUGUAAAGAUCAAAUCUCAGGAUUUUGACGACACUGAGAUAAUGCAAGAGCCUUCACCUAAUUCAUGUGUGCAGAUUGAUUCGUUUAUGCAGAACACAUAAGUUGAUGAAUGCUACUAACCUGUGCAUCUGUAUGUCACAUGAAUAAGCUAGUGGGGGGAAUGUGUCCGUCUUGUAUGGAAAUACCCCUUGCCUGUAAAUUAAUCAAAGCUGCAUCCGCUGUGUAUUGUGAGUGUUUGUGCUGCUGGUUUUGCAUUUGAUUGCAUAAUAUUUAACCAGUAAUAUAUUGAAUCCUUUAUGCCUGGGAGAUUGAGAACUGUUGUAAAAUUAUUAGAGCUGUUGUAUUUUUUUUAUUUUACUUCAUAUCUUGGUCAAAAUAGCUCCUCUAAGGUUAAGGUUCAGAAAUAUAUUUUCAGCCUAUCUAUGGCUCAUUAGCUUGUCCGAUCAAA